AUGCGAUGGCUACAUAUACCAAGCGCCUUUCUGACUGCUGUGGCACUGAAUGUCGUCAAGAGAGUUGUGCCGACUUCCUCACGAGAGCUCGCGCAAAGUGAAGAGGCCCAAGCCACCGCCGUUGGAGCAAAACAGCCUGUAGGUACUGGAAAGGGAAAUUCUCACCGAGCAACCCUGCAGGCAGAAUACCACCCUGUAACUGCGUCUGCAAACACCAGCCAUGGGUCGAAACAUCUCCUCAAUAUCAACCUGCCAGUCAAUUCCGGAAUACCAUGGAUCGAUACCAUUCACCUGAGCUCCGAGUUUGCGGAGCUUCUCCAGUAUAUAAAAAUAAACGUUCACGCUCGCAAUCUGUCGCCGACAUCGCUUUACAGCAAAGCAACCCAAAUCACCAAAGAGCUGCCGGAACUCCGACCACCCGAGGACUGGCAUUCACCCGCCAUGCCGCCAACAGCAAGCCUCAAUGGACAGCCGGCGCAUUGA